AUUUCACGCGUAUCCGUAGCUUUUCUCGGCGAAAAAUCCAACAACAUCAUCGUCAACAAUCUAAAACAUCUGACUUCCGAUUCCUAGGCUACUGUCUUCACUUGAUUAAAUUCAUCUUUUUUCUUCUCUCUUCUCUCUCUCUCAUAGCUCCAUAAGUGAAGAACCGCUCAGAUUACUCAAGCAUUACAAAGGGCAUAUACUCGUUUGAGGUUUCCUGAAGAGCAAGGGUGCCCAACUGCUUUGCUUCAUCUGUUUGCUGAAGGUCUUCUUUCGGCUUCUUUCACAUAUUCCCAUAUUUCGAUUGCUACAAGUUUUGCUUCCAUAACCACGCGCGAUCAUGACACUAGGGGACUGCCAAUGAUUAUAGAAAAGGUUUUCGAGCUAUUGAAGUAGAUUGAAAACAGUAUCAUGGGUGCAUUUUGUUGCUGUUUGCGAGAUGAAUGUGAAGAUUUGGCCAAUCCCAACAGCUCAAUGUAUAGGAACUGCUUAUGCCUUCGAUCUUUUGUUCAGAACUUCUUCCAUGUGUAUGCAUCAUUGUUUCAUAGAGGAGAACAAAAUGUCAUUCCUUCACUGACUCAAGGUACAGCAUCUCUUGAUAACUCACUAUCUGAUAUGUACCGCUCUCCUCCAAGACCAUUGCCUUAUGAUGCCGAUCCAAUAUACUUCCGCUUGCAACGAGAUGGACUAUUCUCAAGGCGGGAGAAAGGGUCAGGUCACUCGCAUGACGAAACUGAACCACUACGAAGAAGUGAUAGUGAUGAUGAUUCUGAAUAUUUGAGUGGGCGAAGUAAAUGGAAUGAGUCUAAAUGUGAAGAAGGAUCGAAAGAAGACAAUUGCAAAUCUUCGGUGAAGAUGUCAACAACCAAAACGACCACUGGAUUUGCUAACAUCUAUUCUUCAGAAGAUGAAGAUGUCUGCCCAACAUGUCUUGAAGAAUAUACAGAAGACGACCCAAAAAUAAUGACAAAAUGCUCUCACCAUUUCCACCUGGCGUGCAUAUAUGAGUGGAUGGAGAGAAGUGACAGCUGUCCAAUUUGUGGAAAGGAGAUGGAAUUCGAUGACACGGGGUGAUCUUUUCUCAAAAAUUACAGUCUUGGAUCAAAUUAACCAGCAAGAGAUAAUGUAAAAUCAUUGUGAAUACUGUCCAGCUAAAUGCCUUUCCCUAUAAAAUAAAUAUGAAAUUACUUUUCAAUACAACCCUGUCUAAAAUGCACGAGCUUCAUAUUGCUCUGGUUUCUAUUUAAAUUUUUGUACUUCCACUUGGAUGGAUUUUCCAGAUACAAUUCUCACUUAUGCACCGAAAACCACAAGUUUAAAGCUCUUUACCUUGUCUUGUAUCAUUUAGAGUCUAUUUGGAAAGCCAUGUGUAAUUAAUUAACUGACGAUGUAGUUACUAGGUUAGUAAUUGUACACCUUGGUAAUUACUAAUUACACAGUAUAGUAUUAUAAUGACCUGUUUGUUUGCCACAAAGUAAUUAAAGAUAUGGUGAAUGUUUCCCUCA